UUCUUUCUUUCUUUCUUUCUUUCUUUCUUUCUUUCUUUCUUUCUUUCUUUCUUUCUUUCUUUCUUUCUUUCUUUCGGAAUGCCGCGCUCCUUUUUGGUGAAGCAGCCCAAGGGUCCCGACUGCCCGCCUUCAAACUACCAGCAGCAGGAGCAACAGAGUGAGCAGCACUGGAAUGAUUCGUACUCGGUGAGACAUAGCAUCACAGAGUCGGCGACCAACUUAGCGCUCCAUUUGACUGAAAAGGGCUACAUCCAUGAUUACAUCAUUCCUUCAGUGCUGCAAACCACCAAGCUGUCCAAAGCCGCGGCAUUGUACGCUCAAGGACGCGGCGGCGGCAGCAGCGGGGACGAAUUCUCCGACCUCGAGUACGAUCCACGCAGCCCGGCCUCCGACACCUCGGCCGAGUCGGACGCGAGCGCCUUCCUGGGCUCUGACGGACGCUCCGGCCGGAAACCUAAGCGGGGACGUGGAUCAAACGGCGGCGAGGGCGAAAGGUCGGCGGGCCGCCGAUCGAAAUCCAAAAGCCGAGGUCGCCGGUGGGCGUGCGGCGAGUGCGGCAAAUGUUACGCCACCUCGUCCAAUCUGAGCAGGCACAAGCAGACGCAUCGGAGCCUGGACGGCCGGCAAGCCCGAAAGUGUCCCACCUGCCACAAAAUGUACGUGUCCAUGCCGGCCUUAUCCAUGCACGUGCUCACCCACGACUUGAAGCACGGCUGCUCGCUGUGCGGCAAAGCCUUCAGCCGGCCCUGGCUCCUGCGGGGCCACAUGCGCUCCCACACGGGCGAGAAACCCUUCGCCUGCGCCCACUGCGGCAAAGCCUUUGCCGACCGCUCCAACCUGCGCGCCCACAUGCAGACGCAUUCGGCCUUCAAGCGCUACUCGUGUCGACGCUGCCGCAAAAGCUUUGCGCUCAAGUCUUACUUGAACAAGCACUACGAGUCGGCGUGCCGUCGAGCGGAGGAUGAGUGCGGCUCAGACGACUGACUGACUGGCUGGCUGGCUGGCUGGCUGGCUGGCUGGCUGGCUGGCUGGCUGGCUGGCUGGCUGACUGACUGACUGACUGACUGACUGACUGACUGACUGACUGUGAAACGUCCCCCGCGGACAGCCCUCCCUCCCUCCGUCGCAUGCGGGCAUCCUUUUUAUAUCGACAUGCAAUAACAUUGGGCAAGCGCUCAAACUAGUCCGCAAUUCUAUGGGGAGAAUUUUGAUUUGAUUUAAAUGGUACGUUUGUUUAUUUAUUUAUUUAUUAGACAAUAAUUCCACAUCAAACAUGUUUUCAUCAGUGAAAGAUGAUUUGGUUUUGUAUGCGAUCCAUUCAGGGCGACGCAUUGAACGAGCGGUCGGUCACCUUUGUGAGGCUGUAGCUUACUCCUUCUUCCUUCCGCAUUCCACAAACACGCCUCUUAAAUGAGCCCUACUGAGGAGAAGCAGUCUCGAAAAUGGAAGGAUUAAUUUAUUCAACUAUUUAUUUGUAUUUAUUAUGACUUAUUGGAUUGUCAAAGCCGUCAACUGUUUUGUUGCCAACAAAAGACCAAAUAUAUUCUGCCGUGCUUUUAUUCGGUCUGAAGACAAUAAAGGUGAUCAAAUGGAA